AUGGCAGGAAACAAAUUACGGCUCUACGUAGCUUAUUGGCGGCGGACGCCGUCAAAAACAAGCAACCAAAUAUUUCACACCGGUCUACUGCUCAUUCCCAAGAAUCCACAGAACGACGAGCGUACCACCGCGAGGUAUCAUGUAGUCAACCGUAUCGACCCUGGGACUAAACUCGAAACUUGGAUGUUUGAGCCAACCUUGCAGCUUCUUCCCAGGACCAAUAAGCUCUCUGGACUCAUGCUACUCGGCAAGGUGCCACCCGAGUUCACCGCUGAAGGGAUCGAAGCGAUCCUCAGAACUGUGCAUAUUCCAACUCCACAGGAGUUAGCGAACAUAGAGGCUAGGGGCGACACCUGGCGCUGUCGUUAUUGGGUCGCAGAUGCUUUGAAUGCGCUUGUGGCAGCAGGGGUGAUUCCGCCGCUUCCCCAUAGUUCUGCCCUCGAAGUAGUGAAGACGGGUAGUACUUUCAUCGAGCGUAAGACGAGCGACGGCAACCCGGUGCACAAUGAUUGGUUGUACACAUGUGACCCUUGUGGCAGGGAGAUCACCAGCGAAAUCAGACCCAUUACUGUCUAA